UCUUCAUUUGCGCUAAUAGAGUUGGUAUUUGUAUUUAGUGGACUAGUGACAGGUGUUGAAACGGUUGUGACAGGAUAGUGACGAUAAUUCUUCUAUCUUCAUGAGACUUUUUAAUUUUACCAGUUCUUCAAUGAUGUAAUUGGAUCCUUUAUAAUCAGAUCAUCGCACUCUAGUUCUUAGCAUGUUACACCACUACAACUAUUCAACAUCUCUGAGUCACUUUCUUAGUUAUCACCAACUCGAGGAUCGUUCCAACGACAAUGAUCACCAAACUCAGAAUUUAUGCGACGAUCUCUCUCAAGACGAGGACGCAAGAUGUAGGAGUAACUCUUCUGCCAGCAAUAAGUCCUUUACGAUAGCAGCCAUUUUAGGACUUAAAAAUGAUAAUAAACAUUUAGGUAAUCCCGUAAGUUCUGCUACAGAUCUAAGUGUAGUGAACCUAUCGACGGGUGGUGACCGAAGCAGUGGGCUUAUUUCCAGUUGCACCAGGUUACAACUUCCGGUACACGUCACUGGAGUUCCCGGCUCAGCCCCUCCUGGGGGGCACUUCGCUCCCACGAAUCCCUCGGCCGUGGGUCAGGGAUGCCCCCCGGUUAGGCACAACGUCCGCAACCCGCUCAAACACAUGUCGCAGGGGGUGAUGGGGAGCAAAAAGAGUUGUAAGAGUAAACGAGUGAGGACGAUUUUCACCCCCGAACAGUUGGAACGUCUCGAGGCGGAGUUCGAGAGACAGCAAUAUAUGGUCGGGCCCGAAAGACUCUAUUUGGCACAUACGCUCCAGCUCACAGAGGCACAAGUGAAAGUGUGGUUCCAAAACCGCCGGAUCAAGUGGCGUAAGCAUCAUCUCGAAUUAACCCAUCAACGUCUUGCGGUUUUGAAACAACAGCAACUCCUUUUGGACGACCCGCAGCCCGACGUUCAAGACACCAACAGUUCCGGCACCGACACGUGAGACACGAAUUUUUUCGCGUGUGUCUUUUUUGUAUAUUGUUGCUCAGAAUGUUGUCAGAUUACUCGGUUAUGGUUUAUUUUAUUAACAUUAGGGUAUAUUGAGUAUGCAGAAAAUGAAAAAUAGAAAAAUUUAUCAAAAUACUUUAUAAAAGGUAUAACUAAUUUAAAAAUUCCUUUCGGGCUACAUUACAGAACGUUUUCGAACUAAAGAAAUCAUUUGUGCUGCUAACAGGUUUUACAUGCUUUAGCCACCAAAAUAGAGGGGUGAAAACUCUCCAAAUAAUACAAAGUUGUAGAAAAUUUACAUGUUUAUACAGGAUCUCCAGAAACUCUAUCGACAAACGAAGACAGGAGAUUCCUCAUAUAAUUUUAAGACAAUUUAACUAGAUUCACCUAGUCGGAAAAUGCUUUCUAAGGGAGCUAGAGCUCUUUGAGAUGGCGUCUUGUAAUUAGUUUUUCUUCAAUACCUCUAGAAAGCUUCUAAAAAACGAAAAUUGGUAGGCAUAUUUAUCUUCGAGAGAUAAAUCGAUUCCAUCUAUUGCGAAUUUCUGAAACCGGUCCUAGGCGUCCGUUUUGGGUAGGGCAACGGUAAUUUUAUCGCAUAACUUUUUUGUCUUUAAAGUUCAAGCCUUUCUGACUCUGGAUUAUUAAAUUGUAAGAUAAUCUAGUACUAAAAGGUACUCUUGCUUAGUUGAUAAAAGUCGAUAAAACGCACCGUUUUCUAGAAAAUUCGAUUUGAAAAUUUAUCGUUUCUUGAAUUUAAAAAAAAAAUUUUAAAAAAUUUAAAAAAAACGGCAUAUUUUACCAGCUUAAAGCAAUAGUAACUAUUGGUACUAGAAUACCUCAUCAUUUAAUAAUCUAGUGCCAAAAAUGUUUUAAAAAUUAAAGACAAAAACGUUAUGCGAUAAAAUAACCGUUGACCUACCCAAAACCGAUGCAUAUGACCGGUACUUGAAAUUCACAAGUAAUAAAAUCGAUUUAUCUCUGGAAUAUAAUUAAACAUACAAGUUUUCGGUUUUCUAAAUAUUUUUUUUUAAUUCAGAAAGCGAAAAAUUUUCAAAUCGAUUUUUAUAGAAAACGGUUUAUCCUAUUGAGUUGAAACAAUAGUACCUUUUAGUACUAGAACACCUCACAAUUUAAUCAGAGUCAAAAAUUCUUAAAAAUUAAAGACAGAUAAGUUUUGCGGUAAAGUAACCGUUGCCCUACCCAAAACGGACGCCUAUGACCAGUACUAGAAAUUCGCAAUAGAUAGAAUAGAUUUAUCUCUAGAAGAUAAAUAAGCAUACCAAAUUUUGUUUUUCUAAAUACAAGAGUUCCGAAGGUAUUUAAGAAAAACUAAUUACUAGACGCCAUCUUCAAAUAGCUCUAGCUCUUUUAGGAAGCGUUGUCGGACUAAGUGAAUUGGGUUGAAUUGCCUUAAAAUUAUCUGAGGAAUCUCCAGUCUCCGUUGGUCGGAAGCGGGAGAGUUUCUGGACACCCUGUAUAUCUAUAAACGACACUUACGUGGAUUUAUUUAUGUAAACAUAAAUACUUGAAAGACAUCUAAGGCUACCCAAAAAAAAUUAGUUAAUAAACAGACACUAUUUUGAUUUUUUAAAUUAUUCCUUUUGUCAAUAUUUUCCGUAUUUAUCUGGAUACUGUAUGAGAACAUUCUGAGAAUGUAAAUAUCAAGCGUAAAUAAAGUGUAAAUAUAUUUUAGAAAUGGAAUCUGGAACGAUUUGGAUUGUUUUGAUGCCGAAGUAGGCACUCAGGAUUCUUUUUCUUUCAGUACUCUAUCACAGUAUAAAGAGGGACAGUAAAACCUCGGCACAUUGCUCUAAAAAUGUCGGCACAUUGAUCUCAAGAAGUAAUACCGGCAGUACGCAAUUGGUAAUUCACCAGUGGUAGAUGCGGGUUUUAACAGGGAAAACCCGCAUCUACCACUGGUGAAUUACCAAUUACGUUUCUACGCGACUAGCAAUGCAAUAUUGGUGAUCUAGCGACUGGGAACCUUGCGCGGUCGCCAUGCGCGUUGAAAGAUUUUACUUCCAAUUUUUCGCAGAGUAGUUCUACUGUCCCUUUUUAUACUGUGACUCUAUCGUAUUAUCGAAUGUUGGCGAUGUCUUUGUCUACCACUUUGUCUAACUUGAAACAGAUUAGCGGACGUCUCUUGAUACCAAUGUAGAAUACUAAUUGGUCAACUCAUUUUUGAAAGAAAUGAAAGACAGAAUUAACAAUACAUUAAUCUAUUAACAAACAUUUAGGACUGGGUAAGACAGAGAACUGGGUAAGAGGGUAAGAGACCAGCUGACUGGCCCUUCAAU